ACCAAAAACCACACACAAAGCUGCCAUGGCCUCACUGCAGUGCGUCAAGCCAUCCUCCGAAACCUGCCACCAAAAAUGCAGCGAAAACUCGCUGGGCCAACAGGUGUCAAAGAUGACUUCUUCGGUUGUAGAAGAAGUACUUCACCAUGGAUCUCAGAGCCAUGCCCAGGGGAAGCCGCUGGUGGCGGCGGAGACGCUGUCGAAAAGCAAGACAAGCUGUCAGAGCCAGAGCAAGGCGCAGCGGAAACAGGAGGGUGUAGCCAAAGCGCAGGCUCCGGGGAAGAGCCUUGCCGCCCAUACCAAAGGUCACCACGGCAAGAACCACGCAAGUAAUGGCGAGGGGAAGGCCAAGAAGAAAGGUGAGCACAAGAAGAAAGAGAAGAAGCACCUCUUGCAUAAGGUCACGCACGGCGGCGGCAGCAGCAGCGACAGUAGCAUCAGCAGCAGCGAGAGUGACAGUGACAAAGAUACUCGCGGAAAGAAGAAGAAUUGAAGGAUCAGUGGCGAAAUGUCGAAACACCAUCAUGAUAAGAAAGAAUAUCCCUCAUCCAUGAAUCGCACGAUAAUUAAAUAAAUAAGAGUGAAAAAAAUAAUCGCCAACCUCACUUGGCUUCGUGUAUGGUGUGUCCCAUGUAAAAUUAUAUAUAUGUAAUAAUGUCUAUCUUUUAUGAAUAAAAUCUCUUAGUUAUUAAAAAAAA